UCUCCGGUGAGAGUUUGACUGAAGUCAUUAUGUCUCAGUACGUUACGUGGUAGAGGAUACUGUCUGUUGUAACGUGGAUAAAUAAUGGUACGGCACGGACAUUUAGUUGUUGUGGUACUGGCUUCCGCUUUAUUGGGAAAUCUUGAAGCGGGCGUCACUGUCGGGAGCAGGAACAACGUGUGCUAGACCUAGUUUAUUGCGACAGAAACACGAGUGCUUGUUUCGCGGAAUAUUUCGUAAUUUCUUAUUGUAUUACGGCCAAACACCAAAGGAAGUUGUUAGACAUCCUGAAAUGACAGAGCACUUGACUGUGGGAGAGGAAUAAAAGUUUUCUCUCGGACCCAGAACACCUGACACCCUCCUCCCAAACAGCGCUCCCCACCGCCGGCAUGACCCUCGGAGCGGUGUCCGGAUCCGACAGCUCGUCGGCGGUCAGCUUCUGCUCCUGCUGCGGGGCCAAGAUGGUGCCCUACUACAGCGAUGACGCGGUGGCGUCAAAAAAUCAGAUCAACCAGCUGUAAGUUCAAAAGUAUCAGUGAGAGUUUCCUCACCGUAAAAGGUGCAGCCCUGUUCCUUCCCUGGGGAAAUAGUCCUACACCUAACUCUGCACCUCGCAUCAGCCAGCGCAGGGACAAGCACACAGGUGACCUCCAGAAACAUCUUCAGACCAUGUUCACUGUGCUGCGGCCGGAGGAUACCAUCCGACUGGCUGUGCGUUUGGAGAGCGCCUUCCCUCAGGUAACCCGCUACAUGGUGGUGGUCUCCACCAAUGGUAGACAGGACACGGAGGAGAGCAUCGUGCUAGGCAUGGACUUUGUCUCCUCUGAUAGCUGCUGUUCUGUGGGUCUGGUUCUACCUCUGUGGAGUGACACUUUGAUCCACUUGGAUGGAGAUGGUGGUUUCAGUGUAUCAACGGUGAACAGGGUUCAUAUUUUCAAGCCAGUUUCUGUACAGGCCAUGUGGUCAGCCCUGCAGUCACUUCACAAAGCGUGUGAGGUGGCCCGCUGUCAUAACUACUACCCGGGCAGCCUGUUCCUGACCUGGGUCAGCUACUACCAGAGCAGGGUCGCCUCCAACCAGUUCUGCGUCAAUGAGUGGAACGCCAUGCAAGACGUCGAGUCGCACCGUGCCAAUUCACCCGUUCUCUUCACAGACCUGCCCACGGAGAGGGAGCGCACAGAAAGGCUGAUCAAGAUGCGCCUCAGAGAGAUCAUGAUGCAGAAAGACCUGGAGAACGUCACCUGUAAGGAGAUCCGAACAGAGCUGGAGAUGCAGAUGGUUUGUAACCUGAGGGAGUUCAAGGAGUUCAUAGACAAUGAGAUGAUAGUCAUCCUGGGACAGAUGGACAGCCCCACUGAAAUCUUUGAACACGUCUAUCUGGGCUCUGAGUGGAAUGCCUCUAACCUGGAGGAGCUGCAGAACAGCGGAGUGCACUACAUCCUGAACGUGACCAGGGAGAUAGACAACUUCUUCCCGGGGAUGUUUGAGUACCACAACAUCAGAGUGUACGACGAAGAGGCCACCAACCUGCUGGAGUACUGGAACGAGACCUACAAGUUCAUCACCAAAGCCAAGAAAGCUGGUGCUAAGUGUCUGGUUCACUGUAAAAUGGGUGUGAGUCGUUCUGCCUCCACAGUGAUCGCCUAUGCCAUGAAGGAGUAUGGCUGGGACUUGGAAACUGCCUUCCACUAUGUAAAAGAAAGACGGGCGGUCACCAAACCAAACCCUUCCUUCAUGAAACAGCUGGAGGAGUAUCAGGGAAUUCUGCUGGCCAGCAAACAAAGGCAUAAUAAGCUGUGGCGCUCACACUCUGACAGUGACCUGUCAGAUCGCCCGGAGUGGAUGUGUAAACCUCAGUCUCACUCUCUGGACCGCUCCAACUCUCACAACAACAACAACACUUCCUCCCCCUCCUUACAUCACUUCCUAGGUGCGGCCGUGCUGCAAGCACUUGGUGCUGAACCCGAAGACUCUGCCAAAUCAAACGCCACACACACCUCUGACUCCCACACAGACUCAAACGGUGUGUGUGACUCACCAGGUCAGGAGGAGGUCAGAUCAGAUUGUGGCUACCCUCCCCUGCUUCCCCUCCCCAGACCCCGAGCAGCCACUGUAGUCCCAGAGGAAGGACUGGACAAUUCGAGUGUGUCUGUCACGCUGCCUGUUGCUCUACCCCAUCCUCCACCAUCACUCCACAUUGUGCCCCCCACUCCUGAACUGCAGCGUGCUCUCCGGUGUCCUCCCACACAUCUGUCCAUAUCAGUGCCCAAACACAAACCGGUGGAACUGUCCCUCAACUCGCCUGAGCAAAGCAGCUCAGAAGAAAUCUCUCCUCUCCCUUUGGAAUCCACCGACUCCGACAUAACAGAUCAAUCAUUAUCUGAUUCAGCGAGUGACAAACACAGCCCCCUCAGCCCUGCUAACAUCACUACCCUUCCCCUGGAUAGUCUCCUUGCUGCCAGUGAUGACAACAAUAACCCCAGUGAGUUACAGAUGGGCAUCGCCUUGGACGGCCGCAGUGAGGCCGAUGGGUCGUCCAUCCACAGCGCAGACAGCAUCGACUUCUUCAGUGCCAGGGAAAAGUUUCUGGGCCUUGCCCAGGAUGGCAGGUCCCGGACACUUUCUGAGCAGGCACAGCAGAGGACAAUACUGUCCCUCGAGGAAAACGGAGAAACUGAGGAUAAGAGUGAAGAGGAGCAGGGAAAUGGGACAAAUAAGGUGUCUCCACAGUCUGAAGACAGCGUCGAGAAAGCCAGCCCUGACCGACCUUAUCAUGACAAUGGAGUAUCAGUCCGCCAUAUCGUUACAGAGAUUGAAGCCAUAAGCCACCCUUCCUCCUGCCUCCCUACUCCCUCCUCCUCCUCUUCCUCCCCCUCUUCCUCUUCCUCACUCCUUCCAUCCUCCCACAGUCCUCAGCUAAUCCGACCAGAACAUCUGAUUGAGGCAGAGACUUCAGAAGUCACGCACGGCUCUCUAACUCCACCUUCCCAGCCACAGUCUCCCUCCAUGCUGCCGUGUGAUUGGCCGGCAGGCUCGGUACGGCGAGCCACAAAGCAGCUGGAGCAGAAGCUGAGGCAGGAAAUGGGGAAGGCUGCAUCUCAGCGAUCUCCGGUGCACUCCCCCAGCGCUGAACACCCUCCUGUCAGACUGUUCCUGUGUCCCCUGAGCACUGAAAAUCCUCCCCUUCACUUCCCUCAGGACUGCACAGAAGAAAGUAUCACUCAGGAAGAGAUCACGGAUGGAACUGCUACGUCCAAAGAUAGAGAAAAGCAUAAAGGGUCAGAAACGGAGCUCAACUCCUCAGGCACGGACCACCUCCCUAACCCUUCAUGCUCCCCCAAAUCAAAUAUCAGCCAAUUUUCUGGUGCUAUUCUUAUCAAUAUGCCCACAUCCAUAGAUAGCCAUAUGCUGACAUCAUCACUGGCCUCUACCAGUCCGUUAGAAUACUUGUCUCUAGAUUCCUCAGCCCAGUCCCAAAGACAGAGCCCCCACCACAACCAAAGCCAGCAACGUCUGACCCAGCCUCAGGGCUGUUAUAACCAAAUGACUCUGGAUGGGGUUACAGUGCAGGAGUCAGACACAGAUGCGAGGCUGGAAUCCUGUCCCCAGGGCGAGCGAGGGGGCUGUGGUCCCGGCUGUGAGGCCGAGAGCAGGCUGGCUCAUGGCGGCCAGGAACUGGAGAGGAUUCAGCAAACACUAAGAGAGCUGCAGGCUUUCCUCCAUGAGGGUGUCUGCCAGGAGACGACAGACAGCGAAGAUUACGAACUGGGGCAGCCUCAGGGCCUGAGAGACUCAGGUAUGGACACAGAGCCGGGAUCUUGUAAAGAGGGAAGUUCUGAACAAACCCCUCCAGGCCUGGAAGUAGGGCAGAGGCUCCGGGAGAGACAAGAGGGGAAGAGUUUUCUGGAGCCGAUAGUGUGGCACAGAGCCAUGGAGCUUGAGGCUCGUAUCCGCCAGGCGGGCCUCACCCCUCCUUCUUUCAUGAAGAGGUCGGCCUCCUUGGCUAAACUGGACUGUCUGGAGCUCUCGGCCAAUGACCUCAGCGACUUAGAUUUGAGGCCGCACACCAGGACGACGACAUCACACUCCCAGGACUCUUUCUCUUUGUUGACAGCUCAUCCCGACGACACCUGGAAAAAGCAGAAGGUGUUGGCUCGAAACAGUUUGUCCCAUGGCGGCAGGGAUCUCGACGAGUCAUUGUCAUCAGCGUCCCUCUGCUUCUCCUCUGCCCCUCAUCAAUUCCCAAAAGAGGACACGGGGGAGAGGGACGAGCCAGAAGGCAGCGGGAGCGGCCCGGCCGCUACAACACGUCAGCAGGGGAGGGGACACUCAUCGAGACGGUCUCACAAAGGCUCUGCUGAUAAAAAGCAGCGAGCCGUCACUGUGCUAUACAAUACCAUGUAACCUCAGUGCAAUGGACUGGAAUGGACACGACUGGAGCUGUGCAGAUGUGCGAGAGAGGCUGCAUGUUGUGUGUGAAUGUGUAGCAGGUAAACUGGAGAGCUUGUGUGACCUCCGAUGUACGUUUAGUAUGCAAGAAUUAAUGACAAACAUAUGUUUGCAUGUAAACCACUGGAUGUGUUCAGUUUUGUAUGUACAGUAAUGGAAUAUACAUGUCCAAAUUAAGACUGAACCAGUGAAAACUGUAUGCACUCCAUUAUGUCGGUUUCCCUUCUUUUAAGAAGCUGGUUUUCAGUGUUUGAGUCUCUCUUCCUGAUCACAGUUUCAAACACUACGAGAGGGGCUUUUUCUCC